UCCCCCGAGGACUGCGGUCUAUGGCUGCCACGUCCAACUACGCUGAACAUUUCAGUCCAGAGAACUUAAAAAGAUGGCCCCAGCCCGAGUCGGUGCCGCUCAUGGAGGUAUUAGCUAGAGAAGACAUUGAUGAAGCUGUACAUGCAAUAUUAUUUAGAGAAAAUUAUGUUGUGAAGAGAUUGGAUACAUAUUUUCAGCAUCUGGAUACUUUUAAGGAAAGAAGAAAAGAGAUGUUACACAGAAAAUGGAUUAUGAAUGUGGCAGAGCCCAUUCAACAGAGAAUUGUGGAAAAAGUAACUUCAAAUAGAGGAGCUGAAAAAACAAAGCGAGAGAACUUUGAAUGUUUUUUAAAAUCCACAGAUAAAACGGCUCCAGUCCCUCCGUUUUGUGGUCCUCUGCUGCGAAGACAGCAAAAGGCAGAGGAAGAGGCCAGAGCCAGCCGUCGAUAUAUCGAGACAGGAAAACAAUACUUCGCCAAAGAGCUCAAGGAAACCAAGGACAGACUGCACGCCAAAUGGCCCCCGUUCAUUUUCACUCUGCAAAACGUGGUUCCGAAAGAGUCUCAUAAAGCCUCUGGGGUACCCAGGAAAAGUAAGGCAUUCAGUCCUGAAAGGCCUAUCUGUAUGGAAAAGAAGCGUCUGUUUGGUAAGAAGACGACCGACCUCAGCCAGCUUGCUUGCCAGCUUGCUUUUGAAAGGCAGUUCCGUGUCUCCCAGCUCUGCAAGAACAAGGAGGCUGAGAAGAGGGGUCUGGUUUUAGGGACCCGACAGCAGAGACCCCGCUCCUGGGCAGCUGGGGAUCAUGAACAGAGAUGGGGGCCACAGCCCGUAGAAAGAAGAGUGAUGACAGCCGAGGUCCUGGGGAAGCACCUGGCCUCCCUGCAGGGGAUGGCCAGGCAAGGCCAUCAUUGGCACAAGGUAAUAAAGCUUCACGGACUUCGGUCUGCCAUGUCCUGCAAUAGUUAA